AUGGACGAGAAUGGAGAUCAAUGUAUGCAAGAUCAAAGGUCGAUAUGGAGGGAUAAAAAAAGACAACAGAGAAAAUCACUCACUCCAGAACAAAGAGAUCGUCAAAAUGCAAAAAGACGACUCAGCUAUGCAUGUGAAAACCAAUCAGAUGUUAUAGCUACUCCUGAAAGCCAACCUCAAACUCCAUGUUCGGAAGGGCCUGUGAUUGUUACCAAUACUCCCAACACUUUGGGAGUUAGAAGGGCUAUGGCAGACAUCACAAAUCGUGCCCACAAUGUCACGACUGGAUGUGAAAGGCGUGAACUGCAACCUAUUGAUGAACUUCGUUUACUCGAUACUCGGGCAAAUCUAGAAAAUCGGUUUUUUAGUGUCGGUGAAAGUAGUGCACCCACCGUGACCAUCCCAGACCCAACAUCAAACUCAAGCGGCAUGCCCAAUAGAUUCUUUUGUGUUGGCGAGAGCAGUACAACCAAUGCACGUAUAACAUACCCUACUUCAGACGAUGUGGAAUUGCCGCGUUUUGUUGAGGCGGAAAAUGAAAUACGCAUGCCUGGCAUAUUAUUCAAUGUCGGUGAAAGUCGUGCAAUCGACACCAACAACAUAUCAAACCCCAUUUCUGAUGAUAUAAGGGUCUGGAAAGUAGGGAGAACUGGUUAUAGAAAUUGUGCAAGAAAUUACCAAGAGAGUCAAGGGGUUCCUAUAUUCAGUUUGCCACCCAUGAAAACAUGUCCGCAUUGCCAAGCACGACUUUUCCAUUGUGAAUCUCCUGAACUAUGUUGCUUAAGUGGGAAGGUCAACUUACCUGAUUUUCCAUUAUCCUCUGAUAUGCUUGAUUUAUAUUCUGAUCAAUCGGAAUAUGGGGCUCAUUUUAGGCAAAACAUUCGUAAGUACAACCAUGUCUUUUCAUUCACUUCAAUGGGAGUUCAUUUAGAUGACGAACUAGCAAAUGCACGUCAAGGCGUUUACACAUUCCGUGCACAAGGUUCAAUUUACCAUCGUAUUGGAGGUUUUUUACCUUUGAACGAAGGAGAUCGUCCUCGAUUUCUUCAACUCUACAUUUAUGAUACUGAGCAUGAAAAUGAAAAUCGUGCAGCAGAGAAUUCAUCAUUACGCCUCGAUGUCAUCGACAGAAUCAAGAAUAUUUUGAAUGCUCACAAUCCUUUUGUCCACAAUCUCCGUCAUCUUGCUCAGCGUAGUGACUUAAGUGAUUGCAAAUUUGUCAUCAAAGAGCAACCUACAAAUAAACAUCAAUACUCGAUGCCGACAGCUUCGCAAGUAGCAGCAGUUGUCGUUGGAGGUGAUGACAUUUCCAACUUGAAGGAUAGGGACAUCAUGGUAGAGUCAGUAACUGGGCAAAUAAGUUAUAUCAAAGACACUGCCGGUUAUUAUGACCCACUGCAGUAUCCUCUAUUGUUCCCUUAUGGUUCUUACGGCUGGGAUUUAAACAGUCGAAGUUCCACUGGUAAGAAGUUGACAUGCCGGGAAUUCUAUGCAUACAUGUUUCAGAUGCGACAACAUCUUGAUUCUCUAAUCUUAAGAGGCGGUCGUCUACUGCAACAAUUUGUUGUCGAUAACUGUGUCAAAAUGCAAGCCAAUAACUUGAGGUGGAUUGCACUCAACCAAGAUAAGAUACGUGCUGAUUUGUACAAGGGUUUAGAGGAUUCUUUACAUGCUGGAGAGCAUAACACAGAAAAUGUUGGACGACGGACCAUACUACCAUCUUCAUUCGUUGGAAGUCCAAGAGAUAUGCACCAGAGGUAUCAAGAUGCCAUGGCAUUGGUUCAUAAGUUCGGCAAGCCCGAUAUAUUUCUUACAAUGACAUGCAAUCCAUCUUGGCCAGAGAUACAAUCAGAAUUGUUGGCCGGACAAGUUCCAAACGAUCGUCCAGAUCUGCUGACACGAGUUUUUCAUGCUAAACUUGAAGAGUUGAAAAAGGAUGUUCUCGAAAGGGGCGUCCUCGGAACGGUUGUUGCUUAUGUAUAUGUGAUUGAAUUCCAAAAGAGGGGUCUUCCACAUGUUCAUAUGUUAUUAAUUCUUGAUCAAAAUGACAAGCUAACCACUCCGGAUGACUUUGAUAAGAUUGUGAGAGCAGUGAUUCCUGAUGAACAACAAGAACCAAAAUUGUAUAAGGCAGUUCUUAAACACAUGAUUCAUGGCCCAUGUGGUGUUCUCAACCACAAAUCCCCGUGUAUGAAACAAGGAAGUUGUAAGAAAGGAUUCCCUAAGGAAUUCUCCAAUGAUACAAAGCAAGGCAAUGACUCAUAUCCUCUUUACCGUCGUCCACAAGAUCGUCCAGCAGUACCGUUGCGUGAGAAUUCACGAGUUCGUGUAGAUAAUCGGUGGGUAGUCCCAUAUAAUCCUUUUUUGCUCUUAAAGUACGAUUGUCACAUCAAUAUUGAGAUAUGCAGCAGCAUCAAGUGUGUCAAAUAUCUGUAUAAGUACAUCCAUAAGGGUUCAGAUAGAGUUUCAAUGGAAGUUCAUAACGGAGAUGAGAUUGCACAAUAUGUUGAUGCACGGUGGAUUUGUGCACCCGAAGCUAUGUGGAAACUUUACAAAUUCCCCAUGACUAGAAUAUGUCCUGCCGUAGAUCGUUUGCAGGUUCAUUUGCCAAACAUGCAUCAAGUGAAGUUCGAAGGGAACCAGCAAAUCUCAAGCGUGUUAGCGAACCCAAGAAACUCUAAGACGAUGCUCACUGAAUUUUUCAAGAUGAAUUCAGUCGAUCCAAAUGCAAGGAAAUAUCUUUAUCGAGAAUUUCCUGAGCAUUACAGAUGGUUAACGAGUUCACGUGAAUGGCAGAAGAGAAAAAGUACACAACGAGUUAUGGGUCGAUUGUAUGUAGCUUCACCAUUGGAAGGAGAACGAUUUUAUUUGAGAAUGUUACUCAAUCAUGUGAGGGAGCGUACAUCGUUCGAACAUUUAAGAACGAUCAAUGGCGUCACACACCCUACAUUCAGGGCUGCAGCUGAAGCCCUCGGUCUAAUCGAGAAUGACGAAAGCAUUCGUCAAUGUCUUUUAGAAGCAUGUUCAGUACGAAUGCCAUCUGCAUUACGUCGGUUAUUUGCAACCAUAUUGGUAUAUUGUCAACCAACUGGAUUACGAGCACUCUGGGAUGAGUUUUUCCCUUACAUGGUUGAGGAUUAUCCAGCCUCAAACACAACAAGUAAUUAUGUUUUCCUCACUAACAAACUUUUGCAAGACAUAGAUAGGUUAUUAAGACCACUUAGAAAAAGGAUUUCUGACUACACAGAGUUGCCAAGCUUACCCGAAUGUACUGAUGACAUUGACGAGCUUCCUUCUAUCAUGGAAGAGUACUUUUCUGUUCCGGUUCCAGAUGAGGAUUUGGCAUGCGUUGGCACUCUCAAUAGUGACCAACAAGUUGCAUACGACACAAUAAUGAAUGCUGUCAUUUCAAAGGCUGGCUGUUCUUUCUUCGUCGAUGGUCCUGGGGGCACCGGAAAAACAUUUUUAUACAAAGCCCUUCUUGCUACUGUACAAAGUAGAGGCGAAAUAGCUAUCCCCACUGCAACAUCUGGAAUUGCAGCAACGUUGUUGCACCAGGGAAGAACAUCACAUUCGACUUUUCAGCUCCCACUUAAUCCAGACAGCUCAUCAACUUGCUCAUUUACCAAACGUUCUAAAACUGCAAUUCUCCUAAAAAAUUCUGCUAUUAUCGUAUGGGAUGAGGCCCCAAUGACACACAGAUAUCAAUUUGAAGCUGUUGAUCGAUCACUCAAGGAUUUAAUGGGGAAUGACUUGCCGUUUGGGGGGAAAAUUAUUGUGUUCGGUGGUGAUUUCAGACAGGUUUUACCGGUGGUUCGAAAUGGAACUAGAGCUCAAAUGAUUGACGCAUCUUUUGUCAGGUCCCCUAUGUGGAGACACAUUCGUAUUUUGCGUUUGAGAGAAAAUAUGAGAUCAAUUGAUGAUAACGGCUUUGCUAAUUUCUUACUCUCUGUUGGGAACGGUAAUGAACCUACUGUUUCAGAUCAGAUGAUAAGGUUACCCACUGCCAUGAUUAUACCAACAGUGGCAGAUAGUUCGAUCGAGGCUUUGAUCGACCAGGUCUUUCCAAAUUUAAGUGAGCACGUUGGUGAUGGAAAUUUUAUAGUUGAAAGGGCGAUCAUCACACCCCUGAACGAAGACGCUGAUAGAAUAAAUAAUAAGGUUGUCGAAAAGUUUCUCGGAGAAGGAAAAACGUAUUAUUCGUUUGAUUCUGUUCCCGAAGAUAAGAGAAAUUUGUAUCAACAAGAGUUUUUGAAUUCGAUUUCUGCGUCGGGAUUGCCUCCCCAUGCUCUCACCCUGAAACCUGGGGUACCCUUAAUGCUUUUGAGAAAUAUUGAUCCUAAACAUGGUCUUUGCAAUGGAACACGGUUGCUUUGCCAUUCAUUAAAGGACAAUUUCAUUGAUGCUGAGAUUUUAACCGGACAUUCUAGGGGGAACAGAGUGUUUUUGCCAAGAAUUCCCUUGAAAACUGCUGAAGAUAUUAAAUUGCCAUUCGAGAUGGUCAGAAAGCAAUUUCCUGUGAAGUUGAGUUUUGCCUUGACUAUCAACAAGUCUCAGGGACAAACUAUUCCACAUGUUGGGAUAUUCCUCCCUGAUCAUGUAUUUAGCCACGGCCAGCUAUAUGUGGCAUUAUCACGAGGAAUUUCAGAGAACACGACAAAGAUCGUGGUAGAAAAGGGAAAGGUUCAAGGUUGUGAAGGCAUAUUCACUAAAAAUAUUGUGAUGACAGAGUACCAUUAUCCAACUUUUGAGCAUUUAUAUCCUAGCGGGGUACAACGAUAUGAUGUACGAGCCCGACUGAUUCGCAAUUAUGAUAUUUUCAACUACAACCAUAAAGGAACAACCAAGCAAACAUGGAAAAUGAUUUUUGUCGAUGUUGAGGGUCAGGCCAUACAGUGCAAUAUUUUCGGCCCCGCGAUUGAAAAGUUUAUAGGACGGUUUCAAGAGGGAUUCAUUUAUAUACUCCUUGCUGUACAAGUGAUAUAUAUAUUUGCUGAAGGGAAAAACAAAAUUGUCCCCAAUUGGAAACAGAUGAUCAUCAAAGAAGAAACAAAUGUGAUACGUGAAGAGGAGGAUGACAUUUCCAUACCUUCAUUCCACUAUAAUUUGGUUCAGUUGAACCGAUUAAGUUGUCACAUCGACUGUACUGAUAGAGUUUAUGAUGCAAUGGGAUUGGUCCUAUACGUUUCACCGGUUGAGAAUAUUGGUGUGGAUUCAUUUAAGCGAGACGUGGCAAUAAUGGAUACAACCUGGACUGUUAUUAAAUUAACACUUUGGAAUGAUUUUGUGCACGUUCUUGAUGAAAAUCUUAAUCAUGUUGACGUGGCACCAAUCAUUGUAGCAUGUGGUCUGCAUGUCAAGAGCUUCUAUGGUACAUAUCUUUCCACGGGAUACCACACUAGGGUUUAUGUUAACCCGGUUAAUGAAAAAACAACAUCCUUAUCUACAUGGUAUAAAUCGGAAAAAUUGGCAAAGAUAAGGAGAGAUUGGUUUCGUUCGUCGACUUUUUCGUUAAAGUCGUCGAUUGAUAUUUCUAACACUCCCCGUAUCCGAUUAUCUCAAUUUCCCAGCGUGAGAAAGGUUCAAUACUGUCGAGUUGUUGCAUAUGCAUGUCGCGUUGAUAGUGUUGAUAACAUCAUAUAUGAGGCAUGCAAUCGUUGCCUAAAAAAGGUUGUCAUUUUUCAAGGACUACAAAAAUGUCAAUCUUGCAAUCUCACCAACACUGUAACUAUCCCAAGGUUGCUUCUUCGACUUACCAUAUUUGAUAAAAGUGGUAAUUUGAAAGUCACAAUAUUACACGAUCUUGCACAACACCUUUUAGGUUGUUUAGCUACUGAAAUAAAAUCAGUACUUCAACAGCCUAAUGGACGUAAUCGAGUGAUGGAAAAAGUAUUUGCAUGUUUCGGAAACAGAGCUUUUUCAUGGGUGCUACAUCCACCAAUUGGAGAUUUUAAUCCUGAACAUUCGUAUACGGUUGGAUAUGUGUUGCAUGUCGAUUGGGCGGAGGAGUGCAUGUGGUUAAACAAAUAUAUUGCGAGCAAAAAAAGAAAAUGAUAUUUACUAUUUUGUAUGUACUUCAAUUUUGAUUUUUCAAUAGGAUAUGUUAGUUGUAUCAAAAUAAUGUUAAUUUUUUUUAAUAGCUUUAAAUUCGUCAUGUAAGGCUACGAGUAUUGUAUGACCUCAAUGUCGCAAAAUAUGGAC